AUGAGGAAUUCAACUGAAGAAGGCGCCAGCGCAAGUCUCCGCGCGCCCGGCGCAUCCGCCAGGGGCCGUGGCAGCUGUUGCCAUCGGGCGCUUGGGUUAUCAACACAGUUUUCAGUCUCUCUUUUUUUCUGUAUUCUUGGAUCCUCUCUGCUGGACUUGUGGCAUGCGCCUCAAUCCGCGUCAGCGGCGAUUACUCUUCCGCCGCAGGCGCAGUGGGUGUGUCGCAUUUCUGAGCGGAACCAGCGUUGUGCGGACGUCUACGCGAACGAGCACACGGGUCAGAAGGGUGGAAUCUGUCGGGAGGAUGACUGCUGCUCACGGACAGGUCUUUCGCCCUCGAUGGGUUUCGGUGACGUGUGCAAGCCGCGGAGCGACCGCGCAUGCGGCUCCUACAAGGAUGCGUACAGCUACGGCAAAUGCGACCUGACUCACCAGUGCCACAAGUGCUCGACGGCAUCCAAAUGCAAACUCGACAAUUCCGAAAACGGCGGCGUGUGGUGUCACUGCCCGGCGCCAGGCGUGGGCGACGGCAUUUCUUGCGUCACGGAUCCCUGCAAGGGGUCGCCCUGCGACAACGGGACAUGCUCGCCGCGAAAGGACGACCCCAACGACUACCAGUGCGCCUGCUACCCUGGGUUCACCGCCGUCAAAGACAGCACGGGCGCCGUGAAGGCCUGCGUAGACACCUGCGCGACGAACGUCUGCGGCGAAGGCGCCUUGGCUUGUUACAACGGUCAGGCGGGCCACGUGUGCGCAUGCGGGGAUGGAUACGUCAACAUGGCUGUAAAUGGAAGCGACACUUGCGUCAAGCCCGACUUCUGCCUAGUCAACCCUUGUGGGGACGCGAGUGCGGUGAAAUCGUGUGAGACGGUCUCCACGACUGAGUACAAAUGCACAUGCAACCUCGAUCACGAGCUCGCCACCAACCGGAAUCGGCCUUUCUGCCGAAAAAAGUGA